UGUCAAACGUCUACUCACCUUUUGAGCGGGUUUUAUUUUCUGGAUGUCGACUUUUGCAAAACGAAGCAUUUAAUUUUGUCAAGUGAAAAGAGUCAUUUUAGGCUGGAAAAUAGUCAGUAUAAAUAAAAAAAUAGUUUAAUUAGUUGACUGCUAUUCGGAGCGCAGUAAUCUGUGUGUCCUGGUGCAGCAAACUGGCGAACAUUGUGUUUCAAAAGGAUUUCUCGCGCGUGGGAUCGAUUGAAGAACAGCAGGCUUAUACCGAGAAAAAAGAACCCUCCGCUAUCUGCUCAUUUCCCACCCGCACCCUUUCAUUUAGCUAGCAGCAAUUUAUAAACGGUAUACAACCAAUACAAAUAAUCACUUUCAAGCUGGACGGAAAAGAAGCAAAAAGCUGCAGUAAUAGCAGCGCUUUAGCAGGCAAUGGCACUACAACUAUUGGAAACAAUAAGAACCGAAAAACGGUGCCGAAGAAAAGAGAAAGAGAUGCCGAGUUGCCUAAACAACCGAAAAUGGAUCAUUAUCAGACUGAUCAUGAGCUUUUUAUGCAGGCUUUUGAAAAACCCACUCAGAUUUAUCGCUACUUGCGAACACGCAACAUGAUAUCACCUAUCUUCUUGAAUAGAAAUUUAUCUUAUAUGCGCCACCGGAUGUCUCGUUCGCACAAAACGCGUAAUACAUUUAAAAUCGACACCAUGUUAGCACAAAAGAUGAACAAAAUCCGUAACGAUAAAGCAAAUGGAAUAUCGUUAACCGGCGAGUAUUUGACGUUACUAUUUUUGGGAUUUUUUGACAAAACCGAUGAUGAUGAUCCAAUGGAUGGUACCGGAAAAAAGUCUGAUCGUGUUGAGAGUACGAAAACAGUACAAGUUGAAACGGUUCUUCUGAAGAUUUCACACAACAAACGCAAGGACAUUUCAUCUGCAUUAAUGCAAGUCGCCGUUGGCAAGUCAGAUGUUAUUGUGAAUCCCAUGGAACGCUUGCUGGAAGAAAAAGUGCCAACGAUUAGCAUAGCUACAGAAUCAUUCAGUUCGGUAGGAGUGAACCAAGUCACUGGACCACAGCUGUCAUUUUUAUUGCUUUUUCGAGUACACAUGCAUACCAGCGGUAGUAACGGAUAUUGCGCGAUUACGAACGGAACAGAUGGAUACGAAAAUGGCGGAAGCGAUGAUGAACCUGCAGCUAAAAGACAAAAAAUUAGUGGGGUAACUAAGUUGUAUAGUACUGAACUGAUAAUAUUUGAUAAGUACGGUAGAUGUCUGUUGAAAGAUGGAGACUACGAGCUAACUGUGCAGGAAAUAUUACCGCAUCAGCAGCAAUUACAAAAAUACAAUUCGCCCAAGAAAAAUUCUACUUGGGAAACUAUCCAAUCCAUUAAUGGUGAUCGCAACAAUUUGGACAUUUUGGAUAUCUACAAGCAACAACACAAAGGUUUGGAUGAUCAAAAUACCGUGUUACUGUUUAGCAAAUCACCAAGUUUGAAGUUCCGCUUGCAGUGGACGAAAGAGGCUCUCCCAGGAUAUGUUGAUAGACCAUUACCUAUUGCUAUUAAUCUCAACAACAAUGAGAGCAGCGAUAAGGAAAACUUCAAACCAGAAACAAUGUCCAAUUCAUAUAAGAGAAACCUUAAUAUUAAUAACAAUGUGUUGACUCCGGCUGCGGCAAAUGGACUUUCCAAUACUGCAUUGAAACUCGAUGGGACGUCUAAUACUUUAGUUAAUGUGGGUACAUUGAAUAUAGCCAACAAAUCGAAUUCGUCUGCUGAGUUGAAGCGGUACGCUGAUGAGCCUAAAAUCGAUCAUAUCAUAUACCAGUUUGUAUACAAUAAUAACUCCCGCCAACAGACGGAAACGAAGCUAGAUUUUCACUGUCCUUGGUGCAGUCUAAACUGUAGCUCACUGUAUCCACUUCUAAAACAUUUAAAACUUUGUCACGCCCGGUUCAUCUUCACCUAUAUUCCUGUACCAAAUGGAGCGCGUAUCGAUGUUUCGAUUAAUGAGCUAUAUGAUGGUUCGUAUAAUGGGUCACCACAUGACUUACUAGAUACAGUAAGCGCUUUCUCCCGUCGUGGUCCUGUACGGCGGACUGUUGUCACCAAUCUUCUUGUGUGUAGACCACGACGUCAAAAGCAUAGCUUAAUCGAGUUUAUCGAAUGUGACGAAAAUGAAUUCGACAACCAACGACCGUUUAUUACAGGUCACAAUAGGAUGUAUCACCAUACGAUGACAUGUCUACCAGUCCACCCUAAGGAGUUAGACAUAGAUUCUGAAGGUGAAAGUGAUCCGUUAUGGUUGCAACACAAGACUAUGCAAAUGAUUGAUGAGUUUACCGAUGUGAACGAGGGUGAAAAAGAGCUGAUGAAAAUGUGGAAUUUGCACGUCAUGAAGUUCGGGUAUGUUGGAGACUGCCAAAUUCCCAUUGCAUUAGAGAUGUUUAUCGAGUGUCGCGGACGCGAACUCUUGAAAAAAAAUCUUUAUCGCAAUUUCGUGCUACAUAUGUCUUCGAUGUUCGACUUUGGACUUGUUUCACCUGAAGUUAUGCAAAAGGCGAUUAGAAAAAUGCAAAAACUGCUGUAUGAUAGUCCAGAUCUACAAAAGCAAGUAGCUGCAACUCGUGUAGAUCAAAUGGAAUACUGGAACAACGUAACCGUGCAUAAGCAGGCUCAGCCAAAGACCGAGAAGUCGACGGAUAAAACUAGCGCAGGCGCUGGUAUAACUCCAUCGAUUCCGAUGCAUAAAAGUAGCUCUGGUGGUUCAGGUGGUGAAAAAAAAGUGAAGCCCACUAUCACACCGGCUAAAAAUACUAGCGCGAAUCAACACGCGGUCGUAGAUAAAACGGCCAUUUCACUAUCCCGCCGCAGAAGUGCCAGUGCUGCACUUCAUUCUAACUCUUCAUCCGUCAACAACACUGCCAGCAAAGAUAUAAACCAAUCAUCCCAAAACCAUUCCUCUCAAACAUCUCCUUCCAUACACUCCACCAGAAGAUCAUCCACUAUCAGCGUUGGUCCUGCGGCCACCAACAGAAGCAGCAGCACCCGGGCUUCUACUAUUACAACUCGAAGAAAGUCACUUUCCAUUGGCAGUCAUCAACAACGUAAGCGAUCCUUCAACUGAUUUUCGGUUUGACAACUGGCCGGAAAUAGAAUUAUCGGAUUUGCCGCAACCAUAAAUAAAUCGACCUUAAUAGGGCCAGCUAAUUGUGUGGCAGUUGAGUCGAUUACAAUAUCAAAGAAACGUUUAGAACGAUUGCGAGUGUGAAUGUGCGGUGCGCGCUGUUCAUAAAUAUUUUAUGGGACACAAAUUGUAAUAUGCUAUAAGAAUAACUGUAUUCAUUUUAGAAUAUAACUAGUGGAAGUAUAUGGUCUAAGCGUACGGCAGGGAAUUGCUGCUUAUAGCAUUUCAGGAAUUUAGAUUUCUUUUUGAUACAUCGUGGAAGAGUCUGAGUAUCACUUCGUACAUACGCGAUAGAUAACCUAUGUUACUCCAAUGAAACAAAAUUAGAUUUUCAUGCCGUAUCCUGCAAAAAUUGAAGUUAAAAACACAAGACCCUCAAGGAAUAAAGUGAUAAAAAUCGAGCGUCGGUGAAAACUUUAGUUGAAGCCGUUAACAUUAAACAUCGGUUAAAAAAUUGGUUGUUUUUUUUUUCAGAAUAAGAUGUCUAGGCAAUAUUCAUUGCACAUGAGGAAAAGAAGUCUAGUUUCGAAUAGUUGCUUGUUGUGUACCUUUAUUUUGCCUGCCAUUUUUUGCUAUACAAAUUAAAUCAAUCGCGUGCUUUUGUAGAAUAUGCUUUUUACUGUUUAAAUGAAUCGAUUCAACAUGCAAUAAAAUGGAGAAAAUACGUUUUACAUGAAAAAUUUAAAUAAUGUAUACAUAGAUUGCUUACAAGUGAUGAUAUCAAAAUUAAGUAAAAAUUUUUAUUUUUGCUGAAGAAGCAAAACCAACGGAAAAAUAAUAGUUGCUGCAUUGUACGGAUUGUUUCAUAACGAUUAGUAAUUUAUUUUGUGCCUUGUUUAUAGUUUAACUUUGGGAACCACAUAAUGGAAGUUUUUCUUCCUAAAAUUUAUAUACAGUUGGUACCGCAAACCAAAGAUUUCGCAUCGCUAAUCUCUAAUCCACUUAUUGUCGCUGAUCAAUAAACGCGGAUUGAUAAAUGAAUAUGUAUGAGCAGCUGUCCACGAAAUGGUAGCCGGGUUAUAUUUGUUAAAAACUGUCCAAGUGGAAUAUGGAUGAUUCCUAUUUGCAAAUUUAAUUUUGCAGACGAACUACUUGCCCAAAAUCCAGCCGACUCGCCAUCUGUAAUACCAAAAUUGGUCAGACACGUAACUUACCGCUUGCCUCGUCUUCUGUGAUAGACCCCUUAUGUGACAACCUAAAUGUUUUUUUUUUCUUGAUAAAAUAUAUGAAGACUUCAAACUGACGCAACUAAAGUUGUUAAAAGGGUGGGUAAUUUAAUACGAAAUUUGCAUUAUAGACCAUCUCACCGAAUCUCUUUAACCUCACUUUUCUGUCAGUUAGUGGUAACUUUUUACGAUUUGAACUUUGUGCUUUUUUUCUGGUGGAGCAAUCGAGUGCGUAGUGACGUAGUGCUGCUUAAUUUAUAAUUGUUUUUAAUGUACUUGCACCUCUUGCACAAUAUUCAAAGGGCAUUUUGGUAACAAUUAACCCUCUCUUUACCAUGGUUACUCUAGAGCACCAUGGGCUCAGAUGAGAAAGUCCUUCGAAAUGUUUACCAAUGCUACUCAAAAUGCAUUUAUAUAUUUUUUAACAAUAUACUGAUUGUUCAAGAACAUAUUUAUGCAUUUUAAGUAGGAUUGGUAAAUAUUUCUGAAGACUUUUUGCAUCCAAACCUAUGAUGCUCUAGAGUAACCAUGGUAGAGAGAGGGUUAACAUGAUUUGCUAUUGUUGAGAGCAAAACUGCUUCGUCCGAGGAUAAGCAAAGUUACCAGUAGGGGUAAGCGGGAUAAGACCGCCCCCUUAAGCAAUUCUGUUUAUAAAAAAAAGUUGCGGCUGCAAUUUCAUUUUUUCUUCGCUAAGAGGUUCUUCUAUUCAAUACCCGCAUUUAAAAAAUAAGAACUGAAAUUUUUUUGUUUAUUUUCCAGCUUUUUUUUUCAAUUUUAAAAAUUCAUUGAAAAUGUGCAGAUUUUUUUUCUUGCGGGGUAAGCCCGCCCACCAGCGGGGUAAGAUCGCCCACCAUAUUUUGAGAAUAACAAAUAUUUUUAGGGCCAAGUUGGGUUGAUUUUAUCGGUAUAGUGUCUUUGACAAAGUUGUGGAUGGUAUUUUUUUUCUUUUUUGAUAAAUUAUACCUACACUGUGAAAAAUCAGAAAAAAAAAAUUUUUUUUCUAAGUUUUAACUUUUUUUGUUUUUUGAUUAUCCAAGUUCAAAUCAAUGUUUAGGUGACUCUUUGUUGUUUCCAAAAUACAUAGAUUUUUCAGAAUUGGGGUUUUUCAAGAUAUUUAAUUUAUAAUAAACCUGUCUUUAAGCUAGAAAUACAAACUCAUUAUACCUGUCUGUAUGAUUUUUUUGAAGACUUAUUAUGUAUAGAGUAAUAAUAAUAAUUAUUGAUUUUUUGUUCAUAUUUUCAAUUUUUUUAUGUUUUUUUUGACGAACAAAAUUACCAACGACGCCCAAGAAAAAAUCUUUACAAAAUUUGAGCUAUAAAUAUUUCUAUUACUCCAUGAUCAAAUAACCAUCAAAUUUUAGCUUACCAUUUGUAGAUUCUGCAGGCAGAAACAUCAUUUUUUUU